UUUUAUGACAGAACCUCGGCGCGACUUGGAUUAACAACACUGAAGCAAGAGAUUUGUACGGUGUGACUUUAUUAUUGGUUUUAUACACACUUGAAUAAAAAUCCGCUAAAAUGGUGGAUGCUUUCUGCGCUAAGUGGAAACUGGUGGACAGCCACAACUUUGAUGAGUACAUGAAUGUGCUCGGGGUGGGCUUUGCCACAAGACAAGUGGGCAACGUGACCAAACCCACAGUGGUGAUCAGCCAGGAUGGGGACAAAGUGGUGGUCAACACCCUCAGCACCUUCCGGAACACCAAGCUCGCCGCCAAACUGGGUGAGGAGUUUGACGAGAACACGCCUGAUGACCGACAAGUCAAAUCCACCUUCACCAUGGAAGGAGAAACAUUUGUGCAAGUGCAAAAGUGGGACGGCAAAGAGACCAAAUUUGUCCGAGAGCUCAAGGAUGGGAAGAUGGUGAUGACUUUGACAUUUGAGGGCGUCCAGGCUGUGCGCACGUAUGAGAAAGCCUAACUGUACGACUAUUCAUUCAAAUCUUAUUGUUUGCUCUUCUAAUGUUGUUUUAACCUUGUGUUUAAACACACAGGAAUUCUGGUUUUACGUUUUAAAAACCAUGGCAUUUAACAUGCAAAUGCUUACAAUAAGAGACAAUGACAAAUAUUUUUUUCAUUCAUUUCAUUAUGACAAACCCUUGCUCCAGAUUAACCCUUGAGCGCGUCUAGGGGCAUUUUGUACCACAUCACAAAAACCGACACCGACACGUUUGUUCCCAACCACAAACAAAUGUCCCUUUGAAUCAAUUCCGACUUUGUCCACCAGAUGGGGCUACUUUUGGCCCCAUUCAAAGCAUGCAGCAAAAUGGCACACACUCACUACCGAAAUGAUGAGUGCAGGUCCAAACUUUGGGUUAUAAAGUGUUCAAAUCCACUGAAAUCUAAGUAAUAUUUGAUGUUUAUUUCAGGCUUAAGUUCUUUUCAAAGAGUGACUUGUUCAAAAAGGGGAAAAAAUACUAAUGUCAAAAAGGGUCCUAUUAAAUACCCCUUUUUUAAAAUCCCUGUUUAUUUUAACAUAAACUGAUGUAAUCCUUUAUGUUAAGACUACUUUAAUUGGAAUACUUGCCCACCAGAUGGGGCUACCUUUCCCCCAUUCAAAGCAUGCAGCAAAAUGUUACACCUUUUGUUUUCUGCAAGGCUGCCUUGUUCCUGAAAUAAUAUAGGUGGGGCUUUAAGAGCUACACUCCCCAAAAUAAGAUGACCAUUUCAUAUCUAUACUUCAUGAUGAUUUUGUUUAAAAUGGAAAAAAAAUAUUUGCGACAAAAGCAAAAAAAGAAGUCCUAUUGAAAAUGACGUUUGAUCCCUCCCCCAUUUACCUUAACAUAAACUAUUGCAUUUCUGUAUGUUAAGUUGGAAGGUUGCACUACUUAUUUGUAUAUUCAUCCAACAGAUUGAGCUCUUUUUUACCCAUUCAAAGCAUGCAGCAAACUGUUCCACUGAAAAUGCAAACGUUGUCCCAACAUUUAUAUCAACAUAAAACACUGCCACCUUUUAAUGUCAAGAACUCAAUUCGGACCACUUUUUAAAAUAGUUGUAUAUUUUAUUUUUCAUUCAAAGCAUGCAGCAUGUAUGCCUCGCCCCUGAAACAAUUAGUGUAGGUUAUUAAUGGGAAAAUCCCCCAAAUACGAUGAAUAUUUGACAUGUAUAUUUCAUAAUAAAGAUGUUACAAAAUAUUAACCCAUUUAUUAGAUUUUCCAUUCAAAGUAUGCAGCAAAAUAUUAGACCUUUUCAAUGUUCUCAAUGUCCCCGCUCCUGAUAUGUUAAAUGUGAUCCCACAUGCUGUGUUAUAGAAGCUCCUAAAGGUUAAUACGGUCUUACUUAGCUUUAAAAAAAAUUUUAAUUGCCUCUUUGUGUCUGUUGUAGAAAAAAAGAUGAAAUAAACAACAUUUCAGUCAUUA